GAGGCAUGUAUAGGUCUAAAAAAAAGGGCCUAAUGUGGCCGCUUUAAACACAAUUCUCUCAAAAAAUGGUUUGUGAUGCAAAUGUAAAAAGCAUGUCAAACACCCUUCCUCUCAAUGGAGUUUCUAUGUGAGAAUUUGCCAGAACGAUCUGGGAUACCCCCCAAAAAAAUUGGGCUAAGCUGGCGUGGAAUAGCCCUAUAGUAUGUACUGUGUCAGAGGUACAACCAUCAAAGUAAUUGGAAUGUUAGAGCAACACAUGCAAUACAAACGCCUAACCCAUCUUCAUUCAGUAGCCCUUAGGUGACUAAAGACAUUGACAUUCCACAAUUUGUAUAUACACCACUGGGUGGGGCUGGCCUCCUGAGCUUUAUAUAUAAAUCCUGGAUAUUCAUCCAUAGCUCACUUUUGCAGCUCCAGCUGUACCAUCCACCGAGCCUAUCAUUAUCUGAAGACCAUGCCAAUGGCUCUCUCUAUGGGGUCCUCCACGCUGUCCGGGGAAGGAGGGUAUCGUGGGGGCUUCGGGCUCCUGGCUCUCUGCUAUGGAAUGGGGCUGGGGGCUGGAGCACAGCUGGGGUUAAGUGGAGGCAUGGGGAUGGGGGAUGCAGGACUAGGUCUUGAGGGUGGAGGAGGCUACAGGGCUGGGAUGGGUAUGGGUGGUGGCAGGGGCAGUGCUGCCGCCUUUAUGGGAUGCACCAUGGCAUUAGGAGGGCUGGGAGCAUUUCUGGGUGCAUAUCCUGCUGCGGGGCCCUUACUGGCCCCGGUCCUCUCGCGGGCUGCAGAGAAACACACCCUCUCUGGGCUAAACGAGCGCUUCUCAGGCUACAUGGCCAAAGUGAGGCAGCUGCAGCAGGAGAAUGUAGUCCUGGCAGAUAUGACCAACGAGUCCACCACCACCACAGCUGAGAACGAGACCCAACUGAUAGAGAACCGCGGUAAACUGGAGAGCCUCACCCUGGACACGGUCAAACUUGAGAUGGAGCUGGACUGCAUCCGGGGAACCGCCCAUGAGAUGAAGGCCAAGUAUGAUUUUGAACAAGGCGUGAGGUAUCAGCUGGAAUCAGAUAUUGCCACCAUGAGGAGGGACAUUGACAUGGCCCGCGAUCUCCGCAUUGAACUAGAUGCCAAACACUCUAGCCUUAGAGAUGAGCUGGAGCACAACACUAUGCUUGUUUUACAGGAGCUGUUCACUAUUCAGUCCAAACUGGGCACCUCGUCCACUGACACAUCAAUAUCUAUGAUUGAGGUGGACCCGGUCAAGUCCUUUGACAUCACUUCUGCCCUCAACAAGAUAUGAGUGGAGUAUGAGAAAUAAGUAGAGCAGCACAAAGAGAAGGAAGAUGCCGACUACAAAAGUAAAACUCACCAAGCUGCAGAGCAGUUUGCCUUGGAUGAGGUCCAGGAAAGAACUGCCUCCAGGAAAGAACUGCAGGCCCUCAGUCUGGAGCUGCAGAGCCUGGUCAAUAUGAACAUGUCCCUGGAGCUUAGCUUUGCCCAGUCCAGUGGGGGUGUGGCGGAGUACCAGAACCAGAUCAGGGGCCUGGAGGAGGCCAUCGAUGUGGCUAAGGUGGACCUGCACAAGCAAAUCCUCAGCUACCAGGAGCUCCUGGACGUCCAGCUGGUCCUGGACGCUGAGAUCACCACCUACCGGACACUUCUGAACUGGGAUGACCUUAGAUUAUCUGUUGGGAGUUGCCCUUAUCCGCAGGGGACUUCACAGAGCAUUUCACAGAGCAUCUCUCAGUAUCACCAUCAACCACAUAAUGUUAUGAACAUAGCAUAGGCCUAUUACUUAAUAAAUCAGUCCUUCUACGUCUUAGACAGAAUUUCAGAGACGUUGUUGGAACUAACACUGCCUUCUCUCUACUCUGAGACCACUACUAAUGCAUCUGAUGCAGAGCCUGAGUCCUCGGUCAGACCUCACUAUCACAGCGUGGUGACCCUAUAUGACCUUACAUGACCUUUGCCCAAUAAACUUUGCUUCGUCAUAUCGGAUUUCAUUGUGGUUAUUAUUGUAUUGUAGUGAAUCAUAAGAUGUAUGUAAGAAUGUCCAUAGUGCAGACAACAUUUAGUUAUGGAUUUUCCUGUGUAUUCUGUGGGAUUUGAGUAAUUUAUGCAAGAAGCGCAAGAUCAUUUGGGGACUGG